AAGUAAAAUAAUAAUGAAAUAUAUAGAUAAAUACGUGCGAAACAGAAUCGAAGUUUCUCCUCUAAUUCUUACGCGGUGAUAACCGGACUUGAGUAAGUCUGUGAUGUAGGUGUUUUGGCGUCUGCAGCCUAGUAAAAAAGUAUAAAUAGUGUAUGUAGCACAAUCAACAUAGCCACAUUGCCUCUAGCAUGGGUUCCGCAGAGAGGGAUCGUCUGAGCGAAGAUAAACUCCGGAAUAAGAACUGGAAAAGAUGGGGACCUUUCCUUUCGGAGCGACAGUGGGGGACGGUCCGAGAGGACUAUUCACGGGACGGAGACUGCUGGAACCACUUUCCACACGACCAUGCGAGAUCUCGUGCGUAUCGGUGGGGAGAGGACGGACUAUUGGGGAUCUGUGACAGGAAGUGUCGCCUCUGUUUGUCUCUGGCGUUGUGGAACACCAAUGACGCCAUCCUUAAAGAACGCCUAUUUGGUCUGACAGGGCACGAGGGUAACCAUGGUGAGGAUGUGAAGGAGUUGUACUACUAUCUGGAUAACACCCCUACUCACUCCUACAUGUCAGCCCUCUAUAAGUACCCACAGGCCCCUUAUCCCUACACACAACUGGUGGAGGGCAACAAGACAAGGUCGGUCGGAGAUCCAGAACUGGAAAUCUUAGAUACAGGUGUGUUUGAUAAGAAUGAGUACUUUGACGUGUUUGCCGAAUACUGCAAAGCCAGCCCGAAUAACAUACUUGGGCGUUACGUCAUCACAAAUAGGGGUCCCACUCCCGCUUCACUGCACGUGCUGCCAACGCUUUGGUUUCGGAACGUUUGGUCCUGGGGAGAAGAAUGCUACUGUCAUGAAGAAACCAAACCUCACAUGUCUCAGAUGUCCGAAGGAAAAGUUGUUUGUCGACACCCGUCGUUAGGUGUUCCAAAGAGCAAGCUGCCAACCGGAAGGAGCAGAAGUCUAACGGAUAUCACAUCUCAAUCUACUCCUGGAGUUUUUUACUUUGAAGCCGACUUGGAUCAGCAAGGCCAUUGUCCCGAGAUGUUAUUCACUGAAAACGAUACAAACUUCGAGCACUUGUUCGGGUGUGCUAACAAGACCGAUUACGUCAAGGAUGCGUUUCACCAUUACGUCAUUCACGGUCGAUCAGACAGAGUGAAUCCAGCCAAAGAAGGAACAAAAUGUGCCGCCCAUUACAAGCUCCACCUGGCGGGCGGCGAGGAGGCUGUCAUCAGAGUGAGGCUGUAUGUAGAAAACGAGGCUCCACUGCAAUGCUUCUCACCAAAUGAAUUUGAUUUGAUGUUUAAACAAAGACGAAUGGAAGCUGAUGCAUUCUAUAAUCAGGUGAUUCCUAACCGACGACCGGCCGAUAAGGAGAUAGUGAGACAGGCGUACGCUGGUCUGUUGUGGAGCAAACAAUUUUAUUACUACGUCGUUAAAAGCUGGUUGGCGGGAGAUAGUACACAGCCCCCACCACCGACCGGAAGAGAGAAGGGGCGCAACUCCGACUGGAAACAUCUGUUUAAUCGUGACGUCAUCUCAAUGCCUGAUAAGUGGGAGUACCCAUGGUAUGCUUCGUGGGACCUCGCCUUCCAUAUGAUCCCUAUGGCCAACAUUGACAUUCAUUUCGCAAAGGAACAAAUUCUUCUCCUUUUGAGGGAAUGGUAUAUGCAUCCAAACGGUCAGAUUCCGGCCUAUGAGUUCUGCUUUGAAGAUGUCAACCCUCCUGUACACGCCUAUGCAGCACUGAAGAUAUAUAAAGCGUCCGGGUCAAAAGGCAAAAGGGACCUGGUAUUCCUUGCUAGGUGUUUCCACAAACUUGUACUCAACUUCACAUGGUGGGUAAACCGAAAGGACCCGGCUGGUAAGAAUAUUUUCUCCGGUGGAUUCCUAGGUCUAGACAAUAUUGGCGUGUUUGACCGGUCCAAGCCGCUGCCGACCGGUGGUCGCCUGGUACAGGCGGAUGGUACAGCUUGGAUGUCCUUCUUCUGUUCCCUUAUGUUGGAGAUCAGUCUAAUUCUCGCCAAGCGGGACCCAACUUACGAGGACAUGGCCAGCAAGUUCUUCGAACACUUCGUCGCUAUCAUAGACGCCAUUAAUGACAAAGGAACUGUAGGUCUGUGGAAUGACGAGGAUGGAUUUUACUAUGACCACGUAAACCACAAUAAAGCCUCAUAUCCAUUAAAGAUCAUGUCCAUGGUUGGAGUUGUCCCCCUUUUCUCAACUUUGGUGUUGAAGUUCUCUGAUAUCAAGAUGCACAAAGGCUUUUACAAGCGAAUGAAAUGGUUUCUAAAGCACAGGAAGGAUCUAACGAACAGAAUUUCAUUUUUCUGCCAAGACGGUCGAGAAGAGGCGAUACUUUUAGCUAUAGUUAAGAGAGAGCAACUGAAACGGGUUUUAGCACAUCUACUGAACGAAGAGGAAUUCCUUUCUCCCUACGGGGUACGAUCACUGUCAAAGCGCCACCUGGAUAAACCAUUUAACAUGGACGUGAAUGGGACUACUUACGGCGUACGCUACGAGCCUGGCGAAUCAGAAACGAACAUGUUUGGUGGCAAUAGUAACUGGAGGGGCCCUAUCUGGUUCCCGUUGAACUAUCUGCUGAUAGAGAACCUCUGCCGAUUCGACUACUACUAUGGUGACAGUCUAAUGGUAGAAUGCCCUACAGGUUCCGGUCGUUUUCUGCGCCUGCGCGACGUGGCUAAUGAGUUGUGUCAUAGACUUGUGUCGUUGUUUAUACCCGACAAGAAUGGACGGCGGCCUUGUCAUGGAGACGAUGUUAAGUAUGCCACUGACCCACAUUAUCGGGACCUGGUGCUGUUUUACGAGUAUUUCCACGGUGACAACGGCAGAGGGUGCGGAGCAAGUCACCAGACAGGUUGGACGGCCCUAGUGACAAGCCUUUUUAAACACAUCCAGCAGCAUGCUGUCAACGCCACUGGAAGUCUGUGUGACAUCAGCUCGGAGGGAGAAGCGUAGUGACGUCACUGAUGGACUGUGUUAAAUCAGGUCAGACGCUGCCCAAAUAAAGAAGCAUUACGACGUCUCUAAAGAUGUGUGAUAUCGGCUCAGAUAGAGAAACACUAUGGUGUGACUGAGGACAAGUAUGACAUCAGCGCAAACGCGGCAGUAUCGUGACAUCACUGGGAGCACGUGGAGCAUCUGCUCCGACUCACUGGGGUAUCUGGGAGAGAGCCGAGACUUACUGGAGUUUUGUUGAACAUCAGCCCAGACUCACACGAGGCAUGUGGAGCAUCAGCUCAGACUCGCUGGAAGUAUGUGGGACAUCAGCUCAGACUCGCUUGAGAUAUUUGGGGCAUCAGCUCAGACUCGUUUGAGAUAUUUGGGGCAUCAGUCAGAUUCGCUAGGGAUAUUUUGGGCAUCAGCUCAGACUCACUGGAAGAAUGUGAGCAUCACCUCAGACUCAAUGGAGGUAUGUGGGACAUCAGCUCAGACUCGCUGGAAAUAUUUUGGGCAUCAGCUCAGACUCGCUGGAGGAAUGUGAGCAUCACCCCAUAUUCACUGGAGAUAUGUGGGGCAUUAGCUGAAAUGACGUUACUUCACGUCAACUUGACGGCGUCAUUUUGAAAGAACUGAUCUACGCAAUUUAAGCGUUUUCUGCUUUUAUCGGAGAAUCUGUGCAUGAAUUGCUAACGCCAAGCGAGCGUUUCAUCUAAAACUAGUCUGAAUAUUUCAGAAAUACAGCAAAAUAACCAAUUUAUCUAUUUUCGAUUGGAAAAAUCGGCAAGUUUCAAUGAGGUGAAUGCAAAGGUUC